GGGAGGGGGAGGGCACGGGCGCGCAAGAGCAGUAAAGGCGCGUGCGCGCUGGGCUCUUCUCGCCUCAAACUUCCCUCCGCGAGCCCUAAUUGGAGCUGGCGGUCAUGGCUGUGGAGGAAGUCGGGUCUGCGGGAUCCGAGCAAGCUUGGCUGCAGGCUGUCCAUUCCUUCAUCCAGAAGAACCUAUGUCCAACCAGCAAAGAUCCUUGUAUCCAGUUGGUAGAAGCAGUGGUUAACUGCGUGAAGGCUAGCUGGUCAUCCUCAGGAGGAACCGGAGGUCUCAACCUGCCUCUCAGCUACAGUUUUGUCUCUGUGCAGGAGCUUAAGUCUCAUCAACACCUCUCAUGUUGUAGCCAUCUGGCUUGGAGCAGUACUGAAUACCAGGCUUGGGCUAACAAAGCUGGACCAAGUACGGUUCCGCUGCCAAGGGAGAGGCUGCUACUUCUAGGGACACUGACCGACCUGCCAGGGGAUUUGGACUCAGAGUACAGGGAUGGUAGCCUCUAUGUGAAGGACAACAGUGGGACUUUGGGCUGUGAGCUCUUGGACUUUGACCUUUCAUGGCUGGGCCACCUCUUCCUUUUCCCUAGUUGGAGUUAUAUCCCCCCUGCCUGGCAACAGAGCUCCUUGGGAAGUGGGCAUUUGGAGCUGUGGUGCCCCCCAGUUCCUGUGUUGCCUCAGAUCCUCAACCAUGGCCCUGAAACUCCCAUAAGAGUUCUCUACCCAGAGACUGCAUCCCAACUGCUCCGGCACAGAAGUAAGUUUCGAAGGCAGCAGCUACACCUGGCAGGGGAGCUGGUACAGUUAAGUACACUGGUAAAGACCCAUCGAAAGCACUACUUCAUCUUGUCACUGGGAGGCCCCUCUUCAGCCACCACUCCCAUGCCCAUCAUUGUGCAGAUCCCUAGCCAGUUGGUUUGGCACCAUGCUCUGCGGCCCAGCUGUUCGUAUGUGCUGACAAAUCUGCAGAUAUCCACAGUCCGUGGUUUUCCUCGUCGUAUUUGGACAACUAGCCCUUCUUCUGCCUUGAUAUCCCUAGAUCCUGAGCAUAUACAGGAGUUUAAUGUGGAAGAAUUCAUUUCAGAGGCUGUCCCUAGCCCACUCCCUAUACCUAGCAGCUCCCAGCAGCAUUGUAACUCCAGCAGGAAUGUCAGGAUGUUGUCAUACCAGGGGACAGUUACUAAAGUGCUGAAUGGCCCUGCUGGCCUAUAUGAACUAGAUGGACAACUGUGUCUCUGCCUUGCCUAUCUUCAGCUCCCUAAUAAUGGGCGGGCAAUCAGGCCAGGAGUCCAACUAGAGCUCCAAGAUGUUCACUUCUUCCAGUCAGUGGGUGGGACUCCCAUGCUUGCCCCCUGCCUCCGAGGGACAGUCUUGCUUCGGGGCUUUUCUCAGCAGAAAUCUCCAAAGCAGUCUCCCCACUCAUUCUGUGGGGUUGUUGUGCAUCUGCGGCUAUUAUUAGAACGUCAUCUGGGACUUCCCCUCUACCUGUGGACAGCCAAGGCUCUGGAGGAGAUAACUAGCAAGCUAUGUCCUCGUUUGCUGAGGCACCGUCAGCUGUUACAAAGCUCAACUUCUGGGACCGCUGGAGUUGGGGAGUUGCUUCUGGCUCCCACCUUGGAUGCUCUAGCCCCACCUGGGAGACCCACCCGGAACGUAUAUCAAGAAGUCCUAGAGGAUCCACAUCACUGUCCUCUCCAGGAGUACUCUCUGCUACAGCCUCCAUGCUCCUUCCCAGCUUUGGCUGCCUUCAAGGAGGAUGGGCAGCGUAGGGCCUGGGCAAAUUUUGACCCUGUGACUCUGUUACCUUUGCCUGAGGUCGCCUACCUACCAAGUUGUGUGCUCAAUUCCCGUCUGGCCUGGUCCUGGGUCUGCUUAUCACCCUCUGUUUUCCAGCCACCUCCGGUACUCCUGGGGGUCCUGGUGGCUUCAUCUCAUUGGGGAUGGCUGCAGCUUCGAGACCAAAGUGGUUCCCUACCCUGUCUACUCUUGCCUAAGCCUUCUCAGGCUUUUAUUGACCCCCGGCUUAUAGGCUCCCUGGUGCGGGUGGAACGGUUCCAACUGGUGGUGGAGAGAGAAGUGAAGAGCAGCUUUCCUUCAUGGAAGGAGCUGGGAAUGCCAGAGUUCAUCCAGGAGCGCCGUACUAAAGUCUAUGUCCUCAUUUCCCUGGAUGAUGCUCUGAUCCUGCCCAUUCCCAGUCCAUACAGUGCUCAUCCUUCCACCCGGGGGUCUCCUCAAGCAAAAUUUCCCUGCUUGGAAGGGCCCCGUAAAGGGCAGAGCCGGUUAUUGCUGCUGUCUCAUAAGGAGUGUCUGAUGAAGCGGAACUAUCAGUCCUCUCAGGGAGCUGGUCCUUUGCCUCCCAAGCAAACACUUAGCUUCCAUGUAUCAGGCACCUGGCUAGGAGGGAUCCAGAGGAAAGAUGGGGAUGGCUGGGGUCUGCCAGAGCCUGUUGGAAAUGAGAAGCAGGAUCAGAAGGUUUUUCUCCUCUUCUUUGGCCAGUCUAUCCGAUGGUUUGAGUUCCUGCACCCGGGGCAGCAGUAUAGGCUCAUCAUCCCUGACGCCUCUCAGCCCCCAAGUCUGUUAGAGGAGGGGGAGUCCUCCCCUCUUUCCCAGCGGAUCCUGGAGUUGACUGGCUAUACCUCCUGCCUCAUUGUCCAAGAUGACUGGGUCCUGGAGCCUGGGAACCCCCAGGGCAUUCCAGGUAUGCUGGCAAUAAGCAAGGGACUCUCUGAAUCCUCCCUGACAGAGAUUCUCAGUGGCAGCUCCCCAGGCUCAUUUGUGUCCUUCUCUGCUGAAAUUUUGUCCAGGACACUGUGUGUACCGCUUUCAGAAACAACCCAGCAAGGAAAUUUCCAGGCCUCUCAGUGUGGGGUGAAGUUGACCGUGGCCUUGGAUGCUGCUGAUGUAGCCUCUCAGAUUCCCUUAGACAUCUACAUAGAAGCUCCACACCCACCCUUACCACUGGGGCUGCUUCCAGGGACCAGAGUCUAUUUCCAGCAGUUAGAAAGAAAAGUCUCCAGGUUCCAAAAUGUAUAUUGUCGUUUUCUGCCGUCCAGCUACCUGCGAAUCCUUUGUUUCCCCACUGAGGCUCCAGUCAGCUCCAGCUUGCCCCAUGUCUACUUGGCAGAACUACAGGGAGAUUCCCCAGGGCUGACCCAGGCCAGUGCUUCCUGUCAUGUAGUAUCUGUCCUCAGUGUCCAGCUCUUCUGGAUCUGUGCACAUUGUACAAGUAUUUGUGUCCAGGGACAGUGUAGUCGACAGGGCCCUCCGUGUCCCACACAGGCAGCUGUGAGCCAGGCUAACAUCAGGCUCCUGGUAGAAGAUGGAACUGCAGAAGCUGUAGUGACCUGCACCAACCAUCAGGUGGCAGUAGCCCUGGGCCUGUGUCCUGCUGAGUGGGACUCGCUGAUGGAGCUGGUCAGGGUACCUGGGAGAGUUGCCUUACACAUUACCAGAGCUGGGGCCCAGCCUGAGUUCACUGGCGAAACAGAUGAUUCCCUGAUGCUCUUCCUUCAGACACUCUGUGCCAGCCCCUCUGUCCUCCGACCUGUUCUUCUUGCUUUUGAACUUGAGAGGAAGCCCACCAGAGUCAUGCCAUUAGAACCACCUCGGCUACAUCGGUUCCAGUUUGGUGAGAUUCCUGUCUUGACUCACAUGGUUCCCAGACUCAGCCUCUCCUGCCUUUCUCUCAGAGACCCUGAACCCCCCCACGUCUUAAGUUCCUGAGACACCUGGGACCAUUCUUCACAGCAGGACAUCAAGGAUCUGAAUUUAUUCAGUGAUAGGACUUCAACAAUACAGAUAGCAACUCCAUUGUAACUUAAUAGAUGGCUUUCUAAUCAACCAACAAGCAUUUAUUAUUCCCCUGAAUAGCUGAGACUGCUGGGGAAGCUCUACCCUCUAGUCCGACUGAAUGCCAUUUCCUCCUACCACCUGACAGGAUUGAGUGUACCCCACUCUUCCUUUACUUGAAUGUGGGCUUUUGGAUCCUUGCUUCUCCAUGAAUCUACCUCAUUUAUUCCCCUCCCUUCAGCCAUGGCCCAGGGACCCUGCAGUCAGGCUCCAGAUUGACUCUGGAUUUGUUGAAGGAGAGAAAGCCCAUUUCUGUCUUAAUUUAUUGUCCUUGCCUCCUUCUGGUGCCUUAUCUACCUGCUGCACACCUGGGAUGUGCAGAGUAGCACUGACAAACAUGUUCCCGUGGUGACUGAGAACACAGUAAGCACAGCACUUUAUCCUCAAUAAAACUCGAAGCUGCCUCAUUUGA